CAUUCACUCAUGCCUGUGGGUGGCAUGGACAUGCCUUUGGAGGAAUGGGGACGUGGCGAUAGUGCAAUAAUACAACCAAGCUUGAAAAAAGCAAUACCCACAGAAGAUGCGAUUGGAUUUGUUCAUCAAAAAGUACACACUACACAUCACAAAGAGUGAAAAAUAUUUGCUGUUCUGGAUAAAUGACCCAUUUGUAAGAAACCUGCAACUAGGAAUGUUUUUAUGCCAUUACCGAACCCCUCCAGAGUGCAAGUAGAAGGUCCCUGUAACAAAGAAAAAAUCACCACUGCUGGUCAUCAACAAUCAAGAAAACGGUAGAGUAGACCCAAUGGCUGCAAGGAGCUUCCCUACCAAUACAACCCAAUAGGAUUGUUCUGCCUUCAAUAAGGAUUAAUUAUACCUUAGUUGGGAUCAAGUACAAGCGUAAUCCUGGCUUCAUUGUCCUCUACUUAAACUGGAUGCUGAAUUCUAAACCUCUUGGGCCCGGCCUGGUCUCCGCUACACCCAGACUCCUCUGCCGCCCACGGCUCUGCCAGGUGACAUUGCUUCAUGCAGUCAUCCAUAAGAUACAUGAUCAGAAUUUUGCAGGAGUAUGGAAAUGGCGAACAAAAAAAGGAUGAUGCUUUUGCUUACUGUAAGCACGUUAUCCAUUGUUGUCUUCUUGGCACUCUAUAGACUGCAGUAUCAAGUCCAGUUCUUGAUGUUUUCUCUGGAGCUUCCGUAUCCUUUCAAGUGCCUUGAUAAGUCCAAUAAAGCCAACAACGUGGAUGCAAGUGAAUCGAGCACUUCAGAAAACAAUAGUAAAUGUGUCGAGAAUGGGAUAUGGACUAUUAAACCUGAUGGGAGACUGGGCAAUCAGAUGGGAGAGUAUGCCACCUUGUAUGCUCUGGCUAAGGCCAAUGGUUACCAACCUUACAUCCUCCCCGAAAUGCAUGAUUACUUGGCACCAAUAUUUAAAAUCACCCUCCCUGUGUUACAUAGCAGUGUCCCCAGCUAUGUUCCUUUUAGAGAGUACUGGAUCCAUGACUGGAUGUCCGAAGAGUAUAAUCACAUUGAUGAGAAGUUCUUGAAACUGACCGGGUACCCCUGCUCGUGGACGUUUUUCCAUCACUUGCGUCGCGAGAUCCUCCAGGAGUUCACGAUUCACGACCACCUUAAAAAAGAGGCCAACCAAAUAUUACACGACAUUAAAGGUCAACGGAAAAACACCACCUUCAUAGCGAUUCACGUUCGAAGAGGAGAUUAUAUCAACGUCAUGCCAAAGGUUUGGAAAGGCGUGAUUGCAGACAAAGCUUACUUGGACCAGGCCAUGGGUUAUUUCAGGCAGAAGUACGCAGAGCCUGUCUUUGUGGUGGCCAGCAAUGGGAUGGAUUGGUGCAAACAAAAUAUAGACAGUUCCAAGGGCGAUGUCUAUUUCUCAGGGGAUGGAAAUGAGUCAACUCCAGGCAAAGACUUUGCUCUCUUGGCCAGCUGUAACCACACAAUAAUGACUAUUGGCACGUUUGGCUUCUGGGUGAGUUACCUUGUUGGGGGGGAAGCCAUAUACCUCACCAAUUUCACCUUGCCAGAUUCAGAAUUCCUCAAGCUGUUUCGCUAUGAUGCGGCUUUCCUGCCUGAGUGGAAAGGGAUUCCUGCAGAUCUUUCGCCUCUUGGACAUUAAUUAUAGACAUGCCAAACUUUCUGUGCCAUGGAGCUGUGCCUAUAACUGGUCAAUUGUACAUAUUUACCCUGGAGAGGAAACUAGUUGAACCGACUGUCAGAUGUUUAUUUUUGUCCCUCUGCGAAGAACUGUAACUUAUUUAUUUAUAAGUUUUUU